AGUUUGGGUAUAAAAAAGAAAGAAUUUAGGUUAGGCAGAAAUAGUAAACAGUUAAAAAGCUAGGAAAAAUGACGGCAUUUUAUAUGACAUAUCAGAUGUUUGACACUCCGUGUAGUGUGGAGGACGAGGCGUUAAAUUCCGAAAUGUAUUCCGUCAAAAGUGUCAAUAGUGUCGUGUCUCGUAAAGGUUAAAAAUGAGGUUAAAUCGUUUCGUGUUGAACUUUUUUGUAUUUAUCGUGUAAUGCCGGUAAUAUGCAAACUUUGUGAUAAGUCAUAUAGCACACAGUUUAACUUAAAUAAACAUUGUCGCCAAAACCAUGGCAAGCAAAUACAAGAACAUUCUUACGAUGAAAAUGUUUUUAAAUUUAAAUGUUUAAUGUGUAAGUGUUCUUACCCAAGGAAUGUGCAAUUGUGCAAUCAUUUACAAAAGGAACACGAUCAGAAAAUCGAAGAAGAAAAAUUGGAGUUUGAGUCAUUAGAAGAAUUUCAAUCAUGGAAACAUGAUUUGGAAGAAAGGGAGCUGUGUAAUUAUGUUGUUCUUGCUGGAAAGAAAAAAACUCCUUCUUGUGAAUUACAAUAUUUUGUGUGCAAUAGAAGUGGAACAUCAAAAAGUAUAAAUGAUGUAACAAAGAGAAAACGAAAUAUUAAAUCACAAGGGUUGUCAAAGUUGGAAUAUAAUUGCAUUAGUAAAAUAACAUUAAAAAGAAGCAAUGGAAAAUUUCAGGUUCACCGAAUUAUAACACAUUAUGGUCAUUCUACAGCCAUUGAACAUUUAAAAAUAAGUAGUUUGGAUAAAAAGCAAAUUGCAGUAAAAUUAGUAGGAGUCUCAACAGUAAGGAUCCUAGAUGAUACAAGAAAUAAAAUAGGUGGUGAAACAAAGAGGGUUGAUCUACUAACAAGGCAAGACGUUGACAAUAUUAAAAGAAGAUAUAACAUUCACAAUAAGGAAGGGGUAAAGCAUAAGAAUGACGCUAUUAGUAUAGAAAUCUGGGUGGAGGAGUGUAGGUCUUUAGAAAAUAAUCCUGUGUUAUUUUAUAAACCCCAAGGAGAGGCUUUAAAGGAUUUUGUAAAUUCAGACUUUUGCUUAAUAAUAAUGAAUGAUUUGCAAGCAUCACUUCUUAAGCAAUUUGGUGAAAAUAUUAUAGCAAUAGCUAGCACGCAUGGUCUUAACAACUACGAUUUUGAAUUAACAACCCUUAUGAUAGUGGAUGAGUUUAAUGAGGGAUUUCCUGUUGCCUUUAAGUUUAGUAAUAAAAAAGACACCUUUACUAAUAACAUAUUCUUUAGCAAAAUUAAACAAAAAGUUGGUACAAUUAAAUCAAAUACGUUUAUGUCAGAUAUAACAGGGACAUUUUAUAAUGGCUGGGUUCAAGUUAUGGGUUUAUCUAGGUUUCAACUAUAUUGUUCAUGGCAUGUGGACCGUGCCUGGCGUACAAAUUUAAGUAAAAUUUCAAAUAAAGAAGAUAAGGUUUGGGUUUAUAAAACUUUAAAAUAUUUACAAAAAACUACCGAUUUUGACAGUAUAAAUACAUUUUGUGAACAUUUACGGGUUGCCAUUAAUAAUAUGAGUGAAAAUGCUCAUACUAAAAUUUUUGGAGAAUAUUUUGAAAAGAAUUACUCUAAUAACUAUCAAAAAUGGGCGUAUUAUUUUCGUCAAGAAUGUGGAAUUAAUACUAAUAUGCGACUAGAGAGCUUGCAUAAAGUUAUUAAAUAUUUUUACCUAAACGGUAAAUGUGUCAAAAGGUUGGAUAAAGGGUUGCAUGCAACUCUUAAAUAUUUAAGAGAUAAAACUGUAGAUCGGCUAAUAAAACAUACAAAAGGAAAAAGCACUUGCAAGAGCCAUGAAAUUUUUAAAUCCCAUAGAAUGGCAGUUUCUUCUAGUUUUGAUCUAGUUGUACAGACUCCUGGUAUUUGGGCUGUGAGUAACAACCUCAAUAAAUAUAUUGUAAAACAAAUACCCUUAUUAAAAAAAUGUUGCAGUUUAAUUUGUCAAUUUUGUGAUAUAUGUGUUCACCAAUAUAGUUGUACAUGUCCAAAUUAUUUUAUCAAUACUGUGAUUUGUAAACAUAUUCAUUUUGUAGUUUUAAAAACCCCUGUUAAUAAUAAUGUAAAUACUAAUUCAUUACAUUCCUAUUCAAUACUGGAUGAGGGUGUAGAUGUGAUAAAUGAGGUGGAGGAAGUUAGUGUAAUGGACCAGUGCUUAAGCUCUCUUAAAGCAACUAAUGGUGAAACAAUUGGUAGAUGUGAUCAAAAAGAUAGAGUUUUAAAAGAAAUAUCGCAUUUACAAACAUUAGUUCACAGUUAUGAUUUUGAUUCUGACCAUGAUAAUAUUUUUCAACAAGUUAUCAGUAACAUACAGACUGCUAAAAAUUUACUUCAAUUGCCCACUUCAAAACAAAGUACUAUAGAAACUUUUAGGGAUAUAAAAGAAUUAUCUGCUUCUCAAAAUGUUGUUCCACAAAAACGAUUAUUUUCUACAAUAAAAAAGAAAAAAAAGGCAAAAGAAGCUAUCAAAAACCCAAAUAAAGAAGAAAUAGAUGACAUUUCUGCCUUUUUAAAAGGCAAAAAAUUACCAUUUAUUUCAACUAACUCUACUUUUGAUCACAGCUACAUAUAAAAAACCUAUAUUUUUUGUUAUGGUUAGUGGUAACUAGUUAUAUAUUUUUUAAUUUUGA